AAGGAAGUGAAAAAAUGCGUGAAGGAAAAGAAAAGCUCUGUCAAAUUUAAUUAUAAUGAAUGCAUUAAUGGAAAAGUAUAUUAUUUGUGCUCGAAAAGAAUAGACAGUAAUAUUUAAUAAAUUUAUAUAAGCUAUAACUGAAAGAAAAAACACCAGAAAACGACGAAAAUUGAUAAGCUUUCCCUUACUCUAUCGAUAAUAAAUCUUCAUCUACAGCGAACGAAUGAAACGUCGAGAAGUGGAAAUUGAGCGAAAAACUGAAGACUGAAACUGAAAAGCCAUUAAAUUAAAAACAUCAGUACAGCGUAAUUUGAUAAAGUAGAAAAAGUGAAGGAAAAAAAGAGAGAUAAAAAAAGAGACGAAAAUCUAAACAUUUGCAAGAUCAUGGAUAUGUUUCAACACAACUCCUACGGCUUUGUUAUACUUCUCUCCAUUAUACUUAUUCAAGAUGUUACUGAAAGUUUACGUUUAACUGAAGUGAGAAUUCCUAAUCAUGUUAUAAGAAAUAACACUGUUAGAUUAGAAUGCCACUUUGAUAUGAAUGGAGAAGCAUUAUAUUCAGUAAAAUGGUAUAAAGAUGGAUACGAGUUUUAUCGAUACGUGCCACGAGAUCAUCCUCCUGCUCAAGUUUUUAUGCAAAAUGGAAUUUAUGUUAACCUUCACAACUCAUCCGAUAAUCAAGUUGUUUUAGAGAACGUUACGCUCGCUUCUACUGGUCGGUACCGAUGUGAAAUAUCUGGAGAAGCUCCCUCUUUUACAACUGUUUCUGAUCAUGGUGAUAUGAUUGUUGUUGCAACACCGGAUCAUGGUCCAGUCAUCACAGGAGGUAAAGCACGCUAUCAAAUUGGCGAUAUGGUGAGGCUUAAUUGCACAUCGGGGAGAUCCAAGCCAGCAGCACACUUACAAUGGUUCAUAAACGGUGAACCUGCCGAUCCGAUUCUUACACGCCAAUUUGAAACGCUAGUAACAGGACGGGAAGGCUUAGAGACGACAACAUUGGGUCUAGAGUUUCGUGUACGUCAGCGACAUUUCAAAAAAGGCGAUAUGAAAUUAAAAUGCCUAGCUACCAUAGCUUCAAUCUAUUGGAAAAGUAAUGAAGAAAGCGUUGAAGGUGAUAGACCUCUAAGAACUCCUUAUUCAAGUCCGAUUGAAUCGAGAGAAUCCGUUCCACCAAGCAGUUCGAAGGCUGAUCGUGUUCAAGCGUCAAACAGCUCAAAAAAUACAUCAAUUUUUAUAAACAGUGAAAUAAUUAAAACGUUAUUAUUCAUAAUUUCAUCAACAUUCUUUAGGUAACUAUUUUAAUAUCAACAUUUUUAUCCUUAUAUGUAUCUCCAAUAAAAACGGAACCGAGAUACAUUUUUUAAAUAAAAUUUCAUUAUCGGAUGAUCACACAUAUCAUCUAUAAAAGGGAAGAAAUGAAAUUUUUUAAUCGCCAUCCAAU